AUGUUUCUUUCACAAGCGCCUAUUAUCAAUCGAUAUAAUUUUAUUUCAAAGUUUUUCCGUGGUCCUGGAAAUUCAACUGGGAAGAGUAAACUUUUAUAUCGUCUUGUUGGUGAAACAUCAAUACUAGAUCUUGCUGCCAAAAAUAGACAUUAUUUUUCAAUUGGUGAACAUGCUGAUAAGAUUUAUCAAGAAAACGAGGCAUUAGUCACUUCAUAUUAUUUCAAUGUAACAACUUCAGUCUAUGGUAUAAGACAAUCACUAGCAUAUUCUACUCACGAAAUUAGUUUACUACUGAAAAAUGGCAAGAAUCGUCUAGUUAAAAUUGAACACCAUCAGUAUCUACAGGCUGUAGAUACUUUAAGUAUCAAUGGUUUCUUACUUGAUAAAAAGAAAUCAGUUUCUACUGGCGACCUUCGUGCUUUAACAAUAGUUAAAAUCUAUUCAAAUCUUGCUGAAAUUAUUCAACCACUUGGUAAAUUACCACUUGAAUUCUCAACUGAUGAUUGGAAUGAUAUUCGUGCCGAUUCAGUAACAUUAGUUGGCUCGAAUCUUACAAUAACACAACAAACAAUUACCGAAAAGAAAAAAUCACUUAACAAUGCUCAAGUUUAUGUUCGUGCACCAUCAUCGUCAAGUACUAAAACAGAAUUUAUUAAAGCAACUCUCGUUGAUGAAAAAAGAAACUUAGUUAAAAUCAUUGAUAAAGAUGUUAGCAAAGAUCCAAUCUUCUUUACAGCUCAAUCAGAUCAUAUUGUUUACGAAAAUGAUCCACCUCAAACAAAGUACUAUGUUAACUUUACAUAUGACACAACAGAUGCCGUAUAUUUGAGUUAUCUUCGUUCAAAUCUCAACUGGAAAACCCGUUAUCAAUUGAAUCUAUUCGAAGAAUCAAAGCCGGUAACACUCAUUUCAAUGGCUGAUAUUCGAAAUGAUGGCGAAUCGAAAAUUGAUAUUGAAAAUGCAGAACUUUUAGGUGGUGACAUCAACUUACAGAUGCAUGCAACACAUAGAUUCCAGUAUGCUCAAGUGGCCUAUUCAAGUGCUUCUUUUGAUGCAGCAUCCGGACCAGCUGGUCCUGCAGGUUCCACAAAUAAACUAUCUGUUGGGCAAGGAGAAGAAGUAGCCGGUUUAUAUGUGUUUACUAUCAAUCAGCCGUUUUCUAUUGAAGCUAAAACAAAUUAUCUUGUACCAAUGUUUCGUCCACGAGUGACUGUUGAACGAUAUAAUUCGAUUUCAAAAUAUUUCACUGUUGCAGGAAACUCAACCGGAAAAGGCGAACGUUCAUAUCGUCUUGUAUCUGAUCGAUUUCUUUCAGGUGGUAAUUGUGUUAUACGUGAAUUUGAUCGCCUUGUUGGUGAAACAACAUUACCUGAUAUUGCUGCCAAAAGCAAACAUGAUUUCUCAAUUGGUCAAGAUGCUGAUAUAGUUUAUAAAGAAAAUGUAGUAUUAAUUUCUACAUUUAGUUCCAAUAUAUCAACUUCAAUUUAUGGUGCAAGACAAACAAGAACACAAUCUACCUACGAUAUCAAUUUAACAUUGAAAAAUUACAAGAAGAAUCGCCCAGCUAAAGUUGAAUAUCAACAACAAUUCACUGGUCAAACAGUUAAAUUAUUUAAGCCUAAUGCAGUUUUCACACAAGACGGCUCAACAGUCAAAGCCACAUUUACAUUAGCAGCUGACGAAGAAAAGUCCGUUACAUACAAGAUUGAAGUAGUCAACUAG